GAUGCGGGAUGGGGUGGAUGGGUGGAUAGGCGGAUUCGCUGCUGAUUCCAAUCGGGACAAGCACCACACGUCCUUGCUUCCUCAUCCUCGCCAUGUCCUUGGGAUACAAAUACAGGCACGACGCCCCCACACUCUUUCUUCCUCCUUCUCCCCUUCCUCCCCCUCCCCUCCUUUCAUCCAUUCUCCCUUACUGCACGUUUUUCCAUCAUCCCUCAACAUACCGCACCACUGCACCGCCCUACACCAUUAACUCCACACUCUCCCUGUGAUUUGAUCAGAGUACACUGCUCUCGAGCUUCACCUUUGUACCUUAUCGUAAGCUCUCCUCCCCCUCCCACCCCCAGCCACGGCACAAGCAACUGACAAGUGAGCAAACAGCACAAUGCCCCACGCUGAGCAGCCAAACGGCACCUCAAAGGUCAAUGGAACCACCUCCACCCAAUCCGACCCGCCCUCGCCCUCUUACAAGUCCCUCUCGCACCUAAAAUCCUACCCAAUAGUCAACGACUCCAUCAGCGUCUUUGAAAACCACCCCCUGGGCCAGCGUAGCAUCUCCCUCUCGCAGUCCUGCUACAGCACCUUCCUGGCCCCGGUAACGCCCUACCUCUCCCGUGCUGCCCCCUACGUUUCCCGUGCCGAUGAAUUUGCGGACUCAAACCUCGGCAAGAUCGACAGCUACUUUCCCAUCCUCAAGGAACCGACGGACGAGAUCAAGAGCGCUGUCGCCGGGGCUGUAGGCUAUCCGAAGAAGCUUGUAGGCGAGGUUUACCUGCGCGGUGCCGACUUUGCUAAGGAGGGGAAGGAGUACGUGUUUAAGGUUUAUGAGGAUGAGUGCAGUAAGGGUGGGGGCACUGAUGGUGUCAUCCCCAAGGCGAAGGCGACGGUAACAACCGGGUUGGUGGUCAGUUCGGAGAUUAUGGGGUCAUUGGCCGCCUAUCUCGGGAACAGGAAGGAGGAGGCUAAGGAGGCGGUGCAGGAAAAGACGGAGUCGGAGAAUUGAUGUUAUCCCCCCCAUCCUCUUCCCUUCCCUUCGGAGGAUUGUAAGAGUUUUUUUUUGUUGGUUUGUUUUCUUGCUUAUUUGCUUGGCAUUGUCUUUUUUUCUUGUGCGGGAGGGGAAUUGUAACUUUUGAUGGAAGGAGCGAGGAACCACAGCGCGGAAUAGACCAGCCGGCGGGGUGACGAGUAGCGCGAAUGAGUCAGCAUUUCUCAUUCGGGUUAUCGUACAUGCGAUAUCUCCUCCAAGGGAGGCGGUGGUGCCCUCGCCCCCUAUCAAGUAGUCUAGUGAACACUGGAACAGAAUUGGAUAAAGGGGAUUAAUGGGUUGUAGCCUUUUUUUUUCGGGUUUUCUUUUUUGGCUUAUCAUCUCUCCCUAUCUUCUUAUCGCCCAUUCUCACUCCACCACUCACCUCUCACCUCACCCAAUUCUCCUCCUCCCCUCCGGAAAAAAAAAAACUCUAAAAAAGAACCACCAAGGUCUGAUUAAAUUUUGGCAUAAAAUAUAAAAAGAGACGGGGAUAUUUGUUUUACUUUACGAUGAUAGAAAUAUAUUCUCACUUUUCCUACACGGCUCCCCCAUCUACCUCCAUCAGUCCCUUUUCAAAAUCGGUAUCAAAAAAAAAUAAGCCUUUCCAUCCCUUCCCCCGCACCAUACGCAGUGUUAUCCGGAAGCCACCGCCCAACACUUCAUCCCCGUCGAUCUAUCAAACACCCAACCUUUCACCGUCUGUCCGCCUUUCCGCGGGUGGCGACGCUACGGCCCAGCAGAAGACUUUAUCCGCUAGCGCCACAGGAUCCACCACUACUACUACAAGUACCAGUACCUACGUGUGCGAGAUAUGAUAUUA